UCAUUUCUAUUUCAUCUGUCUCACCGACUAUGGUUUUUCCAGAGGCUGAGCUCCCAUUAAUUGAUCUUUCUGCUCUUCGAUCUGAGUUAAAAGAAGGUGAUCUUGAUCUUCAGAGGCUGUGCAGUCAAGUAAAAGAAGCUGCCCAACAAUGGGGAGCUUUUCGUGUGGUGAAUCAUGGAGUAGAAGAGGAGCUUGUAAACACAGUGGACUCAGUUUCUCGAGAUCUUUUCAGUCUUCCAACCCAAGUAAAAGAGAGAGCCGUUUGUCUUCCGUUUGAUGGGUAUUCGAAGGCCGCUGAUCUUUCAUCUGGGGAGGCCAUGUGUUAUCCAGCAGUAUUAACCUCUGAAUCACUUACCAAAUACGCACAAAAGCUAUGGCCGCAAGGAAAUGCUGAAUUUUGAUUUGGAGCAAUGAUAGAUGUUGGAGUGCAAAGCAUCAUGUAGAAUAUGAAGGGAAGAAGCCUUGACUCUUUGUUGGUUUCUUUUGGAGUUUCCUAAAUGAAAAGGAGGUAAGUGUACCAGAGGAGCUCAUAGAUGAAAACUAUCCACAUCGUUAUAAACCUUUUCUUUACAAAGACUAUAUCAAUGAUCAAGUCCAAGGAACUCCUCUUGACAUUUUCCUUUAGUAUUUAGAAUUUUUUAGAAGACACGGUUAUUUAUUAUAUGAAUUUAAUGUAAAAUUGUUAUUGAUUGUUUCAUUUCUAAAAAAUUUAUAUGAAGUAAAUGUAAAAAUAUUA